AUGGAGGGGCUUCGGUGCAGCCGGCGCCCCGGCUCCUUUGUCCUCGUCGCAGUAGCGUUCCUGGCGGCGGCCGUCGUGUCGAGCGGCAACAUCGGUGAGUUCGACGAGCACUGGCAGAGGCGCAUGGAAGAGGCCGAGGCGUCGGCGAGGGAGACGUACAAGCACAACCCCUUCAACGUCACCAACAGCUUGAACCACGCCGUCCACAGAUCGCUGGCUAGGGUGAGCAGCCCGCGGCGUGGGCUGGGGGCGAAGAAGAACAAGUUCGCGGGUCCGUGCCGGGCGACGAACCCGAUCGACCGGUGCUGGCGCUGCCGCAAGGACUGGGCGACGGACCGCAUGCGUCUCGCCCGCUGCGCCAAGGGCUUCGGCCACGGGGCCACCGGCGGCCUCCGCGGCAAGAUCUACCUCGUAACCGACCCGACCGACGACGACGUGGUAAACCCGCGGCCCGGCACGCUCCGGUGGGGCGCCAUCCAGACGGAGCCGCUCUGGAUCACCUUCGCGCGGUCCAUGAUCAUCAAGCUCUCGCAGGAGCUCCUCGUCAGCAGCGACAAGACCAUCGACGGCCGCGGCGCGCAGGUGCACAUCGCCAACGGCGCCGGGAUCACGGUGCAGUUCGCGCGCAACGUCAUCAUCCACAACCUCCACAUCCACGACGUCAAGCACAGCCUCGGCGGGCUCAUGCGGGACUCGCCGACACACCUGGGCCCCCGAACGCGGGCCGACGGCGACGCCAUCUCCCUCUUCGGCGCCACCAACGUGUGGAUCGACCAUAUCUCCAUGUCCAACUGCGAGGACGGACUCGUCGACGUCGUGCAGAGCUCCACGGGCAUCACCAUCUCCAACUGCCACCUCACGAACCACAACGAUGUCAUGCUCUUCGGCGCCAGCGACUCGUACCCGCAGGACCAAGUCAUGCAGAUCACCGUCGCCUUCAACCACUUCGGCAGGGGGCUAGUACAGAGGAUGCCAAGGUGCCGAUGGGGCUUCUUCCACGUCGUGAACAAUGACUACACGCACUGGCUCAUGUAUGCCAUCGGCGGCAGCAACAACCCCACCAUCAUCAGCCAGGGCAACCGCUAUAUUGCGCCACCCAACAUCGCCGCCAAAGUGAUCACGAAGCACUACGCGGAGGAGCCAGUGUGGAAGAGCUGGGUUUGGCACUCGGAGGGCGACCUGCUCAUGAACGGCGCCAUCUUUAUGCCGUCCGGCGGCCCUGUCCCAAGGAAGAUCAAGGAGGACGACUGGAUCAAACCCAAGCCGGGGUCCUACGUCAAGAGGCUCACUCGCUUCGCCGGUACCUUAUCGUGCAGACCAGGCAAGCCGUGCUGACCGCCGGGCGCCAGGGCUCUAGGAGGAACAUCAGCCGCCAUUGCCGGCCAGGUCGGGAGAUAGAAGUUAAAGCAUGUUGCUAUGUGUUUCCUGCGACGAGGGGUGGGAUCCUGAUGGAAGAAAGCAAGGACAUGCACAUAGUAAUGGAGGGUUGCAAGGACAUUGCCUUUUUUUCUCUUGUAGAAUUGGUACAGUAUUGUUUGAUUAUUUUCAGAUGAGAUAGGAAUUGUCUCUAUUCCAGGUGUAUCUA